AUGGCGCCCAACUCUACAAGCGGACUCGCCAAACGUGCCACCGGCUGGUCGGCUCUCCUGCUCGCGGCCCAAGUUGCGUUUUCGCCGGUGGCGGCUUCACCUCUGAACGUGGCCCCGACCAGUCUGGCGGAGGCUCACUCUGCCGGACAGAAGCGUGACCAGUGGUUUACCGUGGAGUACUAUGAAAAAAACUCAUGCCACGGCGACCCCUUUUUGCAGGUCAACACGGGGAUGGGGGAGGAACUGAAAACGGAUCCUGGUUGCCUCAACAAUAUGAAGGACCCUUACACGAUGGAGGAUAAGUGUAUGAGUUCUUUCCGGAUCACCACAUCAAAGGACACAUGGAAUGGCGCCAACCUCCUGGAAUGGACGAUGGCCAGUGACGCAAACUGCAAGAACAUCAUUAACGAAGGCGGUAUAUGGCUCCAUCCUGGGGAGAGCGUUUGCAGCUCUAUGGCUACGGACACGGAAUGUAUCCGUGGUUUCCACCCUACGGUCCGUCUAGACAAAGCGCCCGAAGAAUGGACCCGUCCCCCUGCCAUGACCACGACGGGGCCAGCGUAG